AUGGGGACUGACACGGCGUCCAAAAAAAGGAAAAGAGAAGUCGACGUCGAGCUUGUCAAAGUCUACGAGGACCUGGCCGACAACCAGGAGGAAGUCCGUCUCGCUGCGGCCCAUACGUUGCUGUCCAAAAUCUACAAGCCUGGGAUCACGAGCCAUGAGCAGACCCUGACUAUUUUGAAACGGCUCUUCCGUGGACUUUGCAGCAGUCGCAAAUCUGCGCGUCUCGGAUUUUCUGUCGCCUUGACCGAACUUCUUUCUCAGCUUACAACUGCCGCGGCCGAUUCGUCCGAAAGUGUUGUUUCCCCAUCGGUUGUCAUUGAUAUCCUUGAAGCCCAGACCUUGCCAGAGAAGGGUACUUCUGGCCAGGACGAGCGUGACCACUAUUUCGGGAGAGUUUUUGGUGCUGAUGCCGUUUUGAAAUCGAAAAUCCUUUUCGGCAAGAAAGCGGAUCAAAAUCAAUUCAAGCGCCUGCUCGACAUUAUUUGUGCUUUAGCAAUUAAGAAGCCGUGGCUCCGUCAGGAAUGCGGCUGGGUCCUCUACAAUUGCACGUUGUACGAUUACUACGAGCUGCCACUACCCUUCUCUCUACUCAUCUGUGAACAGCUGGCUGCGAACAAGCUGAUACGUACACCAGAGGGCGUGGCAAUCUGGUUGGCGACAACUAGGCGCUUCCCUAAUGCGAAAUUGCCCAAGUCGGCUUGGAAGAGCGGUCAUCCACUGGCGAAGAAAGACGUGAAUAUCCUUGCCGAUAUCCUCAAAGAUGCGAGGAUCGAACGAGCGGAGGCAGAUGGCGAUCUGAAAUCCCAAGGCACUGCGAGAUGGUCUGCCAAGCUGCAUUUUGCCUGGGAUGUUGUGCUUGCUGAAAUCUUCGGAAAUACGUCGAAACGGCCUGAGAAUGGGAGUGAUGUGAAUAGUAGCAUUCGGAACAAGGAUAAACUACCCUUCGACCUGUUCUGGAAAGUUGUUGUGGAUGAAAGUCUUUUCGCACCUGCAAGCAGCGCGGAGCGGAAAUCCUGGGGUUUCAGUCUAUGGGAAAAGAUCUUCGAAACAGCCCCCCGAGAACUAUUGAACUACACCUUUACAUCGCGAGCGAGUCAUUGUUUGGCCAAUUCCCUCAAGAGCACCGAAAGAUUUCUCCAAAGGUCGGCUCUAAGAUUAACCCAGGUCAUUCAGGCUUGCUUGACCAAUGUUGAGCCCUGGGAUCAACGCGCCAACCUCGCCGGAAUUUACGUUCGGGCACUGUUACAAAGUGUCUCUUUCGGCGACUUUGACCAUAUCACCAAGUCCAAAACUCUACAAAAUCUGUUCGAAGGAGCAACCUGGGAUGUGUUAGAGGGCAUCAGUUCUGCUUUGACCGACCUUCUGACUAGCUCUCAUGAGCAGGACACGAAGUCGACACUUUUGCAACAGAAAGGGCUUGUAAAUCUGCAGUGGAAGCUACUCUCAGCAAGGCUCCGCCGCUGGGAACAGCUCCAAAUAUCACAAGUUGACACCAUCGACGACAAGGAGAAGGCACUUAUCUCCGGAGUACUUCAGUUAUGGCUCAGAGAAGUCUGCAUAUCGCCAACUUGGGCGAGCUCGCAGAACCUCAACCGUGAUAUGUGGCCGAAACUGCUGCCAGAGGUUCGUGACUUUGUAAAGGAGCGUCUGAGCUUGUCCUUUGAGCAAGCCCUCAAACUUGGGCCUCUGGGAUGUUGGUUGUUGAAGCAUGUGAUCCUCCACAUUCGCGAGUUGGAGGUCCUCGACAUCCAGAUGACUGCUGCCUUUGAGGACGACGUUAAGGCUAUCGUGGAGACAGCGUGGCAAAGCUUGGCAGAUAUUCCGAUUAAUACUCAGACAGUCUCGACAGCCAGCCGAGCCGCAGCAAAGGCAUCGAAGACAUCGAAAACGCCCACACGAACGGCACUGUCGUCAUCUGAGGGAUUGUGUCUGCUCUAUGCCUUAUUGCUAUUCCAAAUCUACAGCGGAGAGAUAGAGGCUGUGCAGAUCUUACAGGAAGUGCUUGAAAACUGGGGUCGACGGAAAGAUAAUCAGAAAAGCAAGGUUCCGACUGACAGUGGACAAGAGUCUGCCGACGCGAUCAUGGAGAUUCUCCUCAGCUUCUUAUCAAAGCCGUCCAAGUUCUUGAGGCGUAUCACUGUCCAGAUCUUUGAUGCUUUUGCCCCCUCUAUUACCGCCACUGGCCUGGAAUCCAUGUGCCGCAUUCUUGAAACCAAAGAAAACCUUCGGGGACAACAAGAAAUGUUCGAAGCCGGAGAUAUUGGGGAUGAAGGCGAGGAGCACCUUGCCUCCGACUCUGAAAUGGAAGACCUAGAUUCGGACGUCGAAGUCGGUUUUGUUUCGGAGUCUGGCGAAUCUUCCGAAAAGGAGGAUUCUGCUUCGACAUCGACAUCCGAUGAUUCUGCGGAAACUUCAGAUGCCGAAUCUGCAGACUCUCAGGAGUCAGCGGACGAUGAGGCCGAAGAUGAGGAGCUUGCGGCGUUCGAUGCACUGCUUGCAUCUGCGCUUGGCACAAGACGGCUCAAUGAAGGCGAUCUCAACGCUGCGUCAGAUAAUUCUGAAUCCUCUUCCGACGCAGAUAUGGAUGACGAUGAAAUGAUGCAACUGGAUUCCAAGCUCGCAGAAGUCUUUCGUGCGCGAAGUGAACAACAGUCAAAGAACAAAAAAAACGAAGCGAAAGAGGCAAAGGAGACCAUUGUCAAUUUCAAGAAUCGCGUGCUCGACCUUAUCGACUCGUAUCUAAAGCACCAGGCACAAAAACCACUGAGCUUGGACUUGAUACUUCCUCUUCUCAGGCUUGUGAGAACCACGCCAACCAAGCAACUGGCCAACCGUGCUUGUAGCAUUCUGCAGCAGUUCUGCUCACGGUGCAAAGGACCCAAUGCCCCCGAGCUACUGGACGACUCUUCCCGCGAGCAUGCCAUUGAGAUCCUUAAGUUGAUCCACGAGGAAGCGGGCAUGGAGUCGUCACAUGCGCACUCCAACGCAGCAAGUCUGUCGAGUAUUCUUGUUGCAAAGGCUCUCGUAAGAGCCAGUCCAUCCGAUAUCAAAAUAGUUGUGGAGAUAUACGCGUCGACAAGAUUAAGGCAACUAACGGACAAGAAAUGCAGAAUUGUGUCGGGCUUCUUCACCGAUUGGAACAAUUGGUGCCAAAGUAUCAGAGCGAAGCUAGUGGAGUGA